AUGCCAAAAGUCCACCUCCUCGACUAUGUUGCGGGCAACAUCCGCUCGCUAGUCAACGCGAUUGAGAAGUGUGGAUAUGAAGUCGACUGGAUCAGGAGCCCUGAGGAUGUAAAAACAGCAGAGAAAAUCAUACUCCCUGGCGUAGGCCAUUUCGGCCACUGCCUCAGCUCCCUCGAGUCAGCAGGCUAUCUCCCCGCCAUCCACGAACACAUCUCAUCUGGCAAGCCCUUCUUCGGCAUCUGCGUCGGCCUACAAGCUCUGUUCGCCGGAUCCGAAGAAGCCCCUUCUACUGAGGGCUUGAACGUCAUCCCAACACACCUCCGACGUUUCAGCCCGUCGAACAAAGACGGCUCACGAAAGUCGGUACCAUGCAUAGGCUGGAACGACGCCUCGAUCUUGCACCAUGACACAGAAGCCUCCACAUCAUCAUCCGAUGCUUCGCCCAAAAGCUUCUACGGCCUCAACCCAACAAGCAAAUACUACUACGUGCACAGCUACGCGGCGCCCUACACGCCCGGCCAACUCGAAAAAGAAGGCUGGACCGUGGCAACCGCAACCUACGGCGAUGAGACAUACGUAGGCGCCAUCGGCCGCGGAAACAUCUUCGCCACACAAUUCCACCCAGAGAAAUCAGGCGCCGCUGGCCUGCGAGUCAUCAAAGCUUUUCUUCAGGGCCAAGUAUGGUCCGAGACCACCCUAAAAUCUCAGCCUGGCACGUCGCUACCCACGAAGUUCGCCUCCGACGCCAGCACCAACGGCCUGACAAGACGCAUAAUCGCAUGUCUGGAUGUCCGAACCAACGACACCGGCGACCUCGUCGUGACGAAAGGCGACCAAUACGACGUUCGCGAGAAGACCGCCGGAUCUCAAGUCCGCAAUCUAGGCAAGCCAGUCGACAUGGCGCGCAAAUAUUACACCCAGGGUGCCGACGAAGUGACAUUCCUCAACAUCACGAGUUUCCGUGACUGUCCUGUCGCCGAUCUACCAAUGCUUGAAAUUCUUCGUCGGACAAGCGAGACAGUGUUCGUCCCGCUUACGAUCGGGGGUGGGAUCCGCGAUACACUCGAUCCAAGUACGGGCAAGAACGUGUCGGCUCUGGAUGUGGCGAAGCUGUAUUUCGCGAGUGGCGCGGAUAAAGUCUCGAUCGGUAGCGACGCUGUGAUCGCGGCGGAGGAGUACUACGCCAACAAGAAGGAGUUGACCGGCAAGACUGGGAUCGAGACUAUUUCCGCUGCGUACGGACGGCAGGCCGUGGUGGUCAGCGUGGAUCCUAAACGUGUGUAUGUGAAGGACCCGAACGAGACGCCUCAUGUCACAGUCAAGACUAAGUUCCCGGACGCCGAGGGUAAGAAGUAUGUAUGGUUCGCGUGCACGAUCAAAGGAGGUCGCGAAACGCGCGAUUUGGACGUGGUGCAACUGGUCACUGCUGUCGAGGCCAUGGGUGCCGGUGAAAUUCUUUUGAAUGCUAUUGAUCGAGACGGUCAGAAUUCGGGGUACGAUCUCGAGUUGAUCGGGAUGGUCAAGGAGAGUGUUGGCGUUCCAGUGAUUGCGAGCUCUGGAGCCGGAAAUCCGGGGCAUUUUGAGGAGGUGUUUCGCCGGACGGAUGUCGAUGCUGCGCUUGGUGCGGGAAUGUUCCAUCGAGGAGAGUAUACGGUCGCACAGGUCAAGGAGCAUUUGGGACAGGCUGGGUUAUUGGUCAGGCCGUUUGAGGAAUUUGAGCCUUAG